AUGGACAACAUUUGGAAAUAUUCGGUUGAGAUUGACUGUGAAGUGGCCCUCUCUACAGGCUGUUUUACUAGUCUUGCCAUUCGUAUUCACCAGCGGAACGACCUGGCCGAUGACGCGACAAAGCGUUCGAUUCAAGACUGGGGCUUACAUAUCGGUGACGGAUGGGAGCGGAAAUCGGGCUCUUCAUGGAGUCCGGUUGGCAACUGGGGUGCCUUCAUUUUCCCUGAAUCGCUCCCUGAGCGCCUGGGUGUCAUCACUUAUCUCGCCAAUAUGGGGAACAUCCAUGAUGACCUUUGUGAUGACCUCACGUAUGAGGAGGCUCUCAAGGAGCAUAGAAACCUCAGCGAAGCUAUGGAGAUCAGUGCCGUAGCUCCCCACCAGGGGCCCAAGGCCUUUGACCGAUCAAUGAAGAUGAAGAAGUACAUUUCCAAAUGCCUUCUUGAAGCAAUGGAUAUUGAUCGUCCACGCGCUUUGCGUAUGAUCAACACCUAUCGAUCCAAAUGGCUUGAUGUCAUGGAACGCCACGACGUCAACGAGAUUGACACCCUUGAUGAAUACCUCGGUUUCAGAAAUCUAAACGGCGGAAUGGAGGCCUUUUGGAGCAUGGUGGAAUUUGGCAUGGCGAUGGACGUGCCUGACUCUGACAAAACAAGGAUCCGACCCCUUUUCGCGGCUGCAGAGUCGGCUCUCGUCCUGACAAACGACUAUUGGAGUUGGGACCGAGAGUGGCGGCAGGCCCAACAGGCCAGAGAUUCUAGAAUUGUCAACGCCGUGCAUCUCUUUAUGAGAACCCAAGGGUUAGCAAUGGACGAAGCCAAAGAGCAGGUCCGCGGCCAGAUUCUGGCUUUCGAGGCCGAUUUCCUAAGGCUUAAGGCCAAUUUCUACGCACAGAAUCCCGACAUUGGCGCGGAUCUCAAGAAAUACAUUGAGGUUUGUGGUGCCAUCACUGCUGGAAAUCACUCCUGGUGUGCGAACUGCCCUCGACACCAUUCUUGGCGCGAUCAAGAUUCUCCCCUUGACCCCAUCGGACGGAACCUUUCUGUCUCAAUCGAGGACACCAUCGACGACGAUUGCGCCGCGUCGCCAGGUGCAACCACUUCCAGCUCCAUGUCGCAGAAGUCGUCUCCCGCCACUGAAGUGACACCCUCCGAAAUCCUCAGCUUCACCACCAUCAGUGGUGGUGAUGAGAGGCCACAAAAGCUUAGCGACAGUCCUCUGCGGGCGCCGUGCCAGUAUAUACGCUCGAUGCCAUCCAAAGGACUAAGGCAAUUAAUGGCUGAGGCGCUUGACCAGUGGCUUCUCGUCGACGACGCCUCACUCGAUCAGAUUAAGAGCAUUAUCGACCUUCUCCACAACUCAUCGCUUAUUCUAGACGAUAUUGAGGACGACUCCCCACUUCGUAGAGGCUUACCAGCAACUCAUAUGGUCUUCGGAAAGGCUCAGUCCAUCAACACUGCAAACUUUAUGUUUGUGCAAGCUGUUCAGCAAGCCCAAACACUAGCAAACCCAGCAUGUCUUGAAGCCCUACUCAGCGAGCUUGAGUGCUUGUUCGUCGGACAAAGCUGGGACCUCUACUGGAAAUUUCAUCUGCAAAUCCCUACGGAGCAGGAGUACUUCGAGAUGGUGGAUAGCAAGACCGGCGCCAUGUUCCGGCUGCUUACAAGAUUGAUGUUCCACGCAAGGUCCGUGGUUGCUAGCGACCAAGUUGCGGAGCUCUUGAAUGGAUUGUGCCGCCUUCUCGGCAGGUUCUUCCAGAUCAGGGAUGACUUCAUGAAUCUCAACUCAAGCGAGUACUCAGACCUGAAGGGAUUCUGCGAGGACCUGGAUGAGGGGAAGAUGUCAUACCCCAUGGUUUUAGUUAUGCGGCAGAAUCCGGAGUAUCAGGACCUGAUUAUAGGAAUUUUCAGACAACAGACAACGAAUGCUGCCAAAGGCGGCUCGGCCGAGCCUCUACGUCUCCCACACGAGACGAAACGCUACGUUUUGGGGCUUCUAAAAGGUUCGGACGCCAUGGCCUUGACAUUGAAGAAAUUGCAAGAGCUCGAGGCUGCGAUGGAGGAGAAGAUCAGUGAUCUAGAAGAAAGGUUCGGAGAGACGAACCCGGUCAUGAGGAUUUUCCUCAGUAGACUUAGUGUUAGGGAUGUAACUUUGCAGUAA